AUGAGUGAACAACGGCCCAUCAGAAUUGCUGUUCUUGGCGGUGAUUCAACGGGUAAAACUUCUCUUGUAUCAAGGUUAACUUUAGAUAUGGUUCACGAAGUUCAUUAUCCUACGAGAACUCAGACAAAUUGGUUAUUCGAAUUUAUUCCACGUUCCAAUUUAGCGAAGGCUAUCUUGGAUAAUAGUCCCCAUGAACGGUUACUUCUCAGGUCUCAAAGUAGCCAAAAACCACAGCCUAUAUUCGAUUCUCCUUCGAUCUCUCCUUAUAUUUUGUUAUCUCCUUUAGUUUUCCAAUCUUAUAUCAAUGAUUUUACUAAAAUUAAAACUCAGCACAAAAAAAGCAGCUCAAAUAAUAAUCAUUUAAAGCAAUUGAAUUUAAUUACAAGUGACACACCUUACUAUUCAUAUUUAGAUUCAUCAAAGGAGAUUGAUCAUAAGAAAAGGAAGAGAAAUUUAACUGCUGGUGACAUUAAUCCAAAAAUUAAAGAUAUUGAAUCAUCGGUAAAAUUACCUCCAAAUUAUAUACCACCAAAUUAUACUCCAAUACCAAUAGAUAUAAUCGACACUCCAGGUUUCAAACCAGAAAUGGUUGUACCUUUCUUAGAGGUUUCAUUAUUUCGCAAUUUAGGUAAAAAUGUUUUGAAAGGCCUGGCUAAUGAACCAAGAAGACCAGUCUCGACAACGUCUUUAUUAGUAGCGUCAGGUGCUUCUGAAUUGAAUGGGAAAAUUGAUGGUUAUAUAUUUGUUUACAGCUCUGUUCCUGAAUUAAGUCACAUACGAAGUCCACCACAAUAUUCGAGAUCUGAUUCACAAAUUAACUUAAACUUUGCACCUAAUGAAAGCUUAAAGGAUGAUUCUUCUGGCAAGACUACUGUAACAACAAGCUCAAAUUCAUCAUAUUCAUGGUCAUCAUUUCAAAGGAAAAAUGAUGGUGGUUAUUCGUUAUUAGAAAUAAUAAGAAAUUCAAUGUUAGACGCAUGGACAGAAUUCAGAAAUUAUCAAACUAGAUGGAAUAAAGGGAAGGAAUCAGAUGUUUAUUCAUUGGUUUAUAGUUUCAAAAAUAUGUGGAAAACUGAAAAGGAAAGAAAUGAAAAAUUACAACAAUUGAGAAGCUUCAAUACAACUUUAGAUUCUAUUGAUCUUGAACCAUCAUCUCCAGAUGCUCCUCCUCCUGCCAUCAUUGUAUGCACUCAUGUAGGAGAUCCAUUGUCGAGUCCAUUGUUAAUAGAAAAGGGAAGAGCAUUAGCAACUCAGUGGAAAUGUGGUUUUGUUGCACUAGACAAUAUGGACGAUUGUAAUGUCGAUGUGUCCAUAAGUUUAUUAAUAAGAGAUAUAGUGGAAAAGGAAAAACUAUUAUCUGGUUCUAAUAAUGGGAAAAAUAAUAACACAACUACAGCAAAUUCUUUAAUGAAUUUCAUCAAGGUAUGA